CGUCGCGACACUCGACAUCGACGUCGUGCGUAAACGUACAACCAAUUCUUAGUGAUUUACAUAGUGGUGCUGAAAUGUUAAAUAGAGAAAUAGUCGAAGGCAAUAUGAAUUGUUACAUAAAAGAAAUAAAGUGCCCAACGUAAUGUAGGACUAAUCGAGUCAUAUCACAAUAUUCAUUUCAUAAAGUCGGCGAACAAUUAACACUUUUUGGAUAACCAAUUACAGUGUACCCCAUUAAUUACCAUCAUGUCCGCUCCUGGAGUAACAUCAAGCGCUUCCAACCGUCGUCAGAAACGUAUGGGCCCCGCACCUUUUGCUUCUUUCGAGGACCUCUCAGACGAGGUGAGAACCCGUUUGGAUAGUCCGGAGGAUAAGCACCUGGGGCCUUCUGUGGUUCGUCUGCCGGGCAUUCGAGAGGAUGCGACGCCAUGCACGCCGGUUCCGGAUUGUAUUUACACGGUAACAGGGGCACCGACCCCUGCACGCUCUAGCACCCCACCAAGCACAACAAUUUCAUCAUUGUCAACACCGCAGGAGUCUCAGACUAGUACCAAAAUGAGCCUACAAACACCAAGUACGCCUAGAAUCGAUAUAUCAAGAGCUAGUAGUUCCUCACAUCACGAAGAUAGUCGAGACAGCACACCUGAAAGAGAGCUUUUUGACGGACACGAACAUGGAAGUGCCAAAUUAGGGUUAGCGUUUAAAGAAGAAGGCGCUCUCGACCUGCGGUCUUCCACCGAAGAAUUAGACUUUCACGAUCCGCAAGAGAAAACGAAAGGGCACAGGGAACGGCCACAAUCGCCUUGUUACCACGAUUGUCAACGUAAAGAUUCGCAAAGCUCCGAAAUAGGCUUACUCUCAAUUUCUGGAAGAACCUCACGAUUAUCUAGCAUCGGUAGCCAGGGAUCUGCACAUAGCAGAAUAUCUAACGUUAGUCAUUUAUCUAUCGUAUCGGGGCAGUCCGGAAGAUCACCCUCGCCUCACAAAAUGUUAUUGGAGACUUCCUUCUGUGGAUAUAAAUCGCCAGUAUCCCUCCCACAGCCGGUGGGUCAACAUGAAGGCAAAAUUGACGCGGAAGUUUUAGAAAAGGUACUGUUGGCACGCAAACAUGAUCCACGAGAAGCGAUUUUGGCGGAGGGAAUCACGAUGGAAAAGAAAGCAAAAAUGGAAUCGAAAAAAUCCGCCGAGAAAGUUCCAAAGUCGUCUCAAAAGCUAAACCCGGAUAUCACCAUAACAGUUCAGAACCCUAGCGAAGUCGACAAGCCGAAACUUCCAAGAACUUUUGUAUCCCCUAGCGGGGUGGAAUAUAUUUACAUACCUCUGAAGGGUCCCCUACCGCGCGACGACAGAAAAGGAAGCAUCCAAAGGGUGGUGUCGGCCUCGCAUGCGAGACCGACGGUUCAAGCAAAAGGCAAGGAAGCUCCUCUCGGUAAAAGUCGGUCAAAGUCGGCGUGUACUUCGCCAUCUAUUCAAAAAUCGCCUUCGGUUCGUAGCAAUGAAGAACCCAAGUAUAUACGAAUUAAAUUGAAACCUGAUCACAUGUAUGAAGACGACGAUAGUAGGACAGAUGUGAGGAAACCUGCGUGUUUAAAUUUGCACGAAGGUAGCAAAAAACAAUUUCAAUCGUUUACGCAGGUAGUUAGUGAACCUCCAGCUGAAAAUUUGCACUCUAUAGCUCACGCACCCGAGAAACCUAUCGCCGGAGCAAGCCCUCAACCUACGCGGCACAAAGUCCUUAAAGAGCCUGCGAGUAGUAAAACACCGUCCCCGUCUCUGUCUAGAAGAAGCUCAUUCACAUCGCUGUUUAAAAGCCGCGAGACCGUGGUCAGUCCCGAUUCACCCACUGUAGCCGGUUUUAAGCGUAAGAACACCAUAUCGGGUAUUUUGAAGGACGCAAGCGAGAAUAUAAGGGAAAGAACUAGGAGUAGGUCUAAAAGUAGAGAAAGGGAUAAAUCCUCUGUAUCCACUGCCCCAUCGUCCACCGAAAGCAUCGAUAGCGCUAAAUCGAAACCACAAAAGUCGGUGUUGUCCAUCUUCAAGCCCAAAAAAAGCACAAAAUCGAAGUCUGACUCGGCGAGCACGUCGCCCGAGAAGUUUCCCAACAUUGAUGCCAUCACGAACGUAGAGUUUCAAUUCGACAGUUCUCAGUCGAGUAGUAAAAAGUAUUACGAAACCCCCCUCCCCGGUGAAAGUAUACGGAUACCACUCCAUUCGCCUACUCAUUACGAGGACCAAUCUAUUUUACAAGAAUUUAAAAGUUCUAGUCAAGAUUCUCAAGAAACUGUCAUAGACACAACAAAGCGAGUGGCUGUUGAUAUCGAACACGACACCCCAACUCCAACACCGACAGUCAGCGCCGAAGUUAGUAAAAGACAAAACAGCCCCGGUAGCGAAAAUGUAGUUUUUACAACGCAGUUAGGUAGCAAUAACGAUUUAUUCACAACAAAGAUACCGAAGGAGAAACAAACGAGUAAAACGCCAAACGAAAUUAAACCCGAAAUUAACCAAAACGGGAUUGUAACUUUUCUAGCGAGUAACGAAAAAAAUCCGCCGGCGAUCGACAAAAGCGUAACACUCAACGAACUCAAGAGAGUGGCCGUCGAUGACGAGGAACGAAAUAAGAUCACGAAAACGGAAAGCUUGAAUUUGACAAAAGCCAUCGUGGCGUCGAUGAGUGAGCAUCAGCUUUCCAAGGAAGCAGUCAUCAAGGAACUGACCGAGGGUUCGAAAUUUUUGCGGAAUUCCGUAUUGGGUUCGCUGACUAACGAAGAGCGUUACUCCUCGGAAUCGGAGAAAGAUAGUGAACUCGAUUAUUUAAAGGCGAAGAAAGAGGAGGAGAAAAUGGAAGUGGAAGUGGUCGAACCGGAGCGGAAGGGUCUGGUGCUUCAACAGGAUUCCUUCGACGAUGAGUUGCCCUACGUUCCAACUACGCUGCCGCUGGAAAGAUCAGUCGCGGUUCCGAUAGUACCUGUAAAACAACGAGGAAGUUUCGAGGUGAGAACGUAUCCCAUCGAAAGGCCCAGAUCGACGACCCCGAUUAAUCUAAGCACGCUGGAAGAUUACUGUGAAGACGUUGUCGGAUAUAUCAACACCGAUAACAUUACCAAAGCGAUUGAGAAGUUGAAGAUCUCUCUACCAAAGGAUGACGCACCCGAACGUGUUACGAAGGCAAAAUCUCCAAGAAAACCAACCGGUGGUGGCGCAAACUGGUUUGCGUUCACGGAUAAGGGGGCGAAGUGGACUUCUCCUACUCAAGAAGGAUCUCCCCCACCGUUACCCCCCAAAGGGAUGCAAAAGGAGUGGAUUAACUUUGAGGAAAUUCCGGAACGGCGAAAACCCCCGCGUAGAAUUCAAACAAUUCCGUCUCGGGGAACGAUUGAGGUACCCGAAUCCGUUUUACAGGAGCACGUCGUUUACAGUUACGUAAACCCCGAAGAUUGCAAAUGCGAAUGCCACGAGUUGGCGAGGGAGCGAGAGCACCAAACCCGGCAGCAGGAGGAGACUCGUGUCCAAGAAGACGAGGUACCUUUAUUGGAAGACGAGCCGAUAGAAGAAGAGAAGAGUUCGCAGGAGGUGGAUCGGAUUAAAGUGGAAACGACACAGUUCGACAGGCGGAGCAUUAUUAGUGAUUCCUCUUUAGAUCUAAGUACAAGUCUUGAACAUCAGGAGGCCUCGACGAAUUUAGAUGUUUCUCUUCGCACUCCUUUUACUGGCGAUUUAGGUAUUUCUAGUAAUAGAUCAAGUAUUGUUUCACAGGAUGAACCUGCAUCGCCCGAUGUGACCUCGCCAAAUGCCUUUCCUAAAACUUCGUAAGUUUAGUUAGAAAAAUUAAGGAAAAAACAAUCAUACAUUUUGCUGACAUCAGUACUGUGUUAAUUAUAAUUUUAUUAUAUUUAUAGUGACCAAUAUUCUUAUGCAAUUGAGGUAGGGAACUUAAUGCUCCAAUCCUAAACCAAAGCCUUUUAUGUGAAAUGUAAAUGUGAGCCCAACUCAGUCCAAUGUUAAUUAUGACUGUUGAGGUUGUAUUAUAUCUUGAAUUGUUAUUGCGAUUAAUUGUUAUAAUUAAUGAUUAUAAUCCGGUGUUCUGAUCGGAACUGUUAUUGGUUGUUAUAUCUAUCAUCAUUACACUAUUAUUCAUUGAAUGACGUAUAUGCCACUUUUGUUAUUUCGGCAAAGAAAAACGUACACAAUAAUUUGCUUCUUUGGACGUAAUCCGUUCGGUGCAAUAAAUAUGCACGUUGUGCAUAAUUAUCUUAUUUAGUGUAUAACUUCUUUUGUAUUUAAAGUGUUACCCGAUAUUUUAAAUAGGAAAUUCUAUUGUACAUAAAUAAUU